AUGUUGCACACACUGUUUGUCCUUGCAGUUGUUCGCUCAGCUUGUGCAGACGAGCAAGAGCUGAGCAGCUGCUUGCAGAAGAGGCCAUCCACCCGCCUGCGACUGGACACGGUGAAGCCUUCGCUGGCAGAGCCUUCCACAACUGCGUUCGCAGGGCCUGGGUCGCAGCCUGGCGCUGGCCCAUGGUCCACACCGGGCGUGCGCUUCCAGCAAUGUGGCCGCACCAAGAAGAGGCCCACACAGCUGCCGACUUUGCUCCAAGGUGCUGCUCUCGACAAAGGCCACGAGAAUUCUUUGCCUGACCGGGUGAAGUGCCCGACGGGCCAGAUGCUGAUUGGCAACUUUUGGGGCAAUGCAUAUAACUUCACUUGCUGCGAUGCCGGCCCACAGUGUGGAGGUUGCCGCAAGGCUUUGAAUGGCACCUGCCAGGAAUGUGCUGCCGGCUAUGUCCAUCAGCAGAUCCCGCUAUUGAACAUAACGAAGUGCUUCUUGUGUGACGAUGUGCCUGGAUGGCAAGACUCCAACGGCCUCGGCUGUCGGGACUAUGAAUCCCAAGGUUUCUGCCAUGGCUCUGUAAAGGACGGCUACGAUGAGCCCUUUCACGGCGUGAGGCCCAGUGAGGCCUGCUGCGUGUGUGGUGGGGGCAGCGUGCAGCAUACCCCCACUUCGAUGCCCUUCGCAAGAAGGGCACUGGUGUAUGGGGAUGCCGUCGAUGAGUUCCCAGAGCCCCAAGCGUUGGGAACCCAGGUCAGCAGUUGCAACCUUGCGCAGUGGGGCCUUCAACUCACGGGGCCGGGAAGGAUUCAGGGCAACGUAUCAUCUCCUAGCCAAAGUAGCACGGAGAUCAAGUGCUCCCUGGUGCUGAUGCAAGAUCCCAUGCGUGGAAUCUCCGCGACAGUUAAGCUGAAGAUUCCUGUGGCCUCGUUCUCUUAUGGACAGCAGGUGCUGGUCUUCAAGUACUGGGGUUUGGAUCCGGAGCCAGCAUCGAAGCCCUUCCCUCUCCACCAACAGACGCUACCACAGGGCCAGUUCUUGGAGAAUUUCCAGCUGCGCUGCAACUGCCCGUGGCUUCGGAUGCUGCCGAACAGCACGCUCGUGGCCGGGCCGCUGUCGACACCUCCGGAGGUGCAGGGGCCUUCGCUGUAUGGCUCUGGCCCCUCCUGCCAGUGCCAGGUUUCGGCAGAGCAAGUCCGCUACAAAGGCCGUCGCAGGAAGCGGGAGGUGGAUGGCGAGCAAUCCACCAGCUUCACCGUCGCCCAG